AGCUGCCUGUCCCCCCCUCACCUCCCCCUGGCUUCCCUCGACAGCCCAGCCCAGAAACUGGUCUUCAACAGAGUGAAUGGCAAGAGGCCACAGGUGCUGCCGCAGCAGGUCUUGGCCCCUGAGGAGUGCUACACGCUGGCCCACGAGGAGAACGUCCGCUUUGUCUACGAAGCCUGGCAGCAGGUAGAGCAGCAGCUGGACGGCACCCGGAGCAGCGAGAGCGCCUGCGGCCCCGUGCAGUACAUAGAGAAAACCCCCAACCCCGGACUGAAAAACUUUGUUCCCAUUGAUCUGGAAGAGUGGUGGGCACAGCAAUUUCUGGCCAAAAUCGAAAACUGCUCAUAAAAGGGAAGAAAGGUUUGGGUUUGGUUUUUAAAGAGAAACAAAGCUGAGAGCAUCUGCUCAGAACCCAGAACUGGUGGCAUUUUAGAACCACAUUUUUAAAAGAUGACCGAA